AUGACAGUCACAGAUUGCUCAGCAGCAAUCAGUAGGUACUGCGCCCUUGGCCUCUCGCCUUCAGCGACUCCUCGCAAGGUCGCAGGCAGACCAUUGCCUGCUCUAGCCGCCGCGCUUGGUUGGUUGGUUCAGAACUCCACAACCCCUUCGGAGCAAAAAAGUGACGUACGAGGCCUCAAAUUACCUCAGAAAGCCAGAAGAACAUCCGACACACAAGAGUGGGAUCCCGAUGAAGAAGACGACGACCACAAGAUAUGGCGAGGGGCAAAGAUCCUUGGUGGUGGCAUCUCCAAAGCAGCGCUCUACGUUGAAGUUGACAACGGCCACAACAUCGUUGACAGGAUCGUGGUAAAAGACACGCUGGUCACCUCGAAUAACUGGCACAAGGAUCCUAGAAGAUGGCAUGGCUGGACUGAAAAUGGCAAACCUGAAGACCGCGUCCCUCUCGAAUGGUGGACACACCAUCUAGCCUCAAUCUGCCCGGAGACACAGUACAUCGUUCGACUUCGCGGCGCACCAGCCCUGGAUUAUACACGCUGCAUACACCGUAUUUACAUCGAAUACUGCUCCCGUGGUGAUCUGACCGAUGUUGUGGAGACACACCGUGCCGUCCCCGACCGCGUUCCACAACAGUUCCUAUUCUUCGUCAUGAAAGUUCUGGCCGAGUGCGGGCUGAUCAUGGAACAAGGUGGCAUAAACUUCAGACCCAACGACUGGAAACAGAUCAUACAUCGCGAUCUCAAACCCGAUAACAUCUUACUCGACGCCUCUCGCCCAGACCACUUCCCUCUAUGGCCACAACCCAAACUGGCAGACUUCGGCCUGGCCUUCCUCACAACGCCUGACGAUCCCGCAAACCCAGUAACACGGAACUCCGGCGCUGGAACAGUGGGCUACCUCCCCCCCCGAACAGAGCUCCUUCGUCAAUGA